CCAUGGAGAGCGGCCCGGCGUGCGGUGCGCUGCGCCGCGAGGAGUCGGCCGAGGACCCCGAGCCUGCAGGCGCCGCCUGGAGCGGGGACAGCGGCGACAGCGGCAACGUGUCUCAGAGCCACAGCAGCGCCUCGGGGCCGUGGGAGGACGAGGGCCCGGAGGACGGCGCGCCCGGCCGCGACCUGCCGCUGCUGCGCCGCGCGGCCGCCGGCUACGCCGCCCGCCUGCUGCCCGGGGCCCGGGCCGACGUGGAGGCCCUGGACGCCGGCCUGGAGGACCUGCUGGCGCGCGUGGACGAGUUCGUGGGCAUGCUGGACAUGAUCCGCGGCGACUCCGCGCACGUGGUGGGCCAGGGCGUGCCGCGCAUCCACGCCAGGGCGGCCGAGAUGAGGCGCCUGUACGGCCGCAUCGACCGGCUGGAGGCCUUCGUGACCAUGGUCGGGGGCGGCGUGGCCAGGCUGGAGGAGCAGGUGGCGCGGGCCGAGGCCGAGCGGGGCGCCUUCCCCGGCGCGCUGAGGAAGCUGCUGAGCGCGGUCGGCGUGCCCUCCUUCCUCGCCAGGCCGGCGGCUCCCCCGAGGCACGAAGCCCCCGUCCUCUUUCGGACCGAAGACCACUUUCCUUGUUGCGGCGAGUGACCGCAGCCGUGAGCCUGCGGGACAGCCGCUCCAGAGGCCGCUCCUCGGGGUCCCGUGGAUGUGCCCGUGCGGUGUCGGGCUCCGCAACUUCUAAGUUCAUUGUCAAGAAAUGCUGCUGCUCAGUGUCUCCUUCUAAGUUCAUUGCCAACAAAUGCUGCUGCUCCGUGUCUCCGUGAUUUCACGUAGAAUGUGUGAUUUUCUGCGUCUUCCAGUUCUAACCCGAAAGCUCCUUGGUGGGCGGAUCAGUGAAGCAAGAUGAGCGAACUCUGCCGGGAUUGUUUUUGCAGAUUUUACAAUUCAAUGAAGAGUGUUACCUUGUCAAGAUACGUAUGUUUAAUUCAAGGUUAAGAGAAACUGUUGGAACACCAAAGCCUUCUUUUUAUUCAAUCCUAAUAGUUAAUUCACUUUUCUGUAGCUUACUUUUAGGCAGGUGGUAAAUUAUUUAACGUUAUGUUCAACUAUCCAUGCCUUGGAUUGUAAACUGAAGGGAGUUACACAAUUUCUGAGAAAGUAUAUUUAUUGCAACUAAUCCUGAAGUCGUGUUUGAAAGUAUAGCUCACAGUCUCAGUUUGUACAUAGUAGAUGUGUACAUGCGGUGGGUGGUGUAUGACUCGUAAUAUUAAUAAAACUGUAUUGGAAAAGC